AUGAGAGUUGACUUACAAAUGGUUAGUUGGUAAGACAUUUCUUCUUUGCAGAACAAGAUAAUAAAGAAAUGUAUUAGAUUAUAUAUUUUUAAGUCAAACAAGGAGAAAAUCAAUUUCAAGUUGAGUAGGGCUGA